CAGGUGGAGCUCAUCAUGGGUCAGUCUCAUCCAGACCUCAUAUAGGUCAUGGUAGCCAUGGUGUUCAUGGUAGCCGUGGUGUUGCUCAUGGUAGCCAUGGUGUUGCUCAUGGUAGCCAUGGUGUUGCUCACGGUAGCCAUGGUGUUGCUCAUGGUAGCCAUGGUGUUGCUCACGGUCACUCCACGGGACUUCAUGGGUCCUACACCCCUGCAAGGCCAGUUUAUGGUGCUCAUCAGUCCAGCUACACGUCCCAUACACCAAGCUAUGGUAGCCAUCAUGGGGGCCACCAUGGAAGCUACACUCCCCCUAGACCAACUUAUGGUGGUCACCACACAAGCUAUACGCCUCAUAGACCAACUUAUGGUGGUCACCAUACAAGCUAUACGCCUUAUCAACCAACAUAUGGUGGUCACCAUACAAGCUAUACGCCUUAUCAACCAACCUAUGGUGUGUCUCAUGGUGUCCAUGGUGGGUCAUCUGUGGGCAGGCACGUCGCUCCCCAUCGUUCAGCAGGAGGCCACGGUUAUGGCCAUUAACAUUCCUGAAACAUGCAACCCAAAGUGAGGAUGGCACAAGUACUUCAAGAACCUGCAAAUUUGAUUCUUGAACCGCAAACUGGUUUUAUUUAUUUAUUUAAAUUCCUACACAUUUGUAACUAAAUAUCCAAUAAAACUGUGAAAUAUGAA